CCUCUCAAGGAGCUUGCUGUGCAGCUCCACUCCAUGCCCAGGGAGAGACCCCUGCCAGCCGCCCCUUCCCUCCCGUCCCCUCCCUCCCUCCGCCAUCUCCUGGCAUCCUUCGCUCGCUGGAGGCCGCAGAGAGCUCCGCAGGUGAGUGGACCUCCCCCCAUUUCCUCCCCCCAGCCACGUCCUGGCCCAGCUGGGCAUUUCAGGGGCUCAGCAAACAGGGGGCUAACCUUCAGUCUGCCUGAAGCACCCCAGAUUGCCUUGGCAAAGGAAGAAGAGGUUUCUGGGCAUCGGUGCCAUGGGCCCAGCUGUUGUGGGUUGGGUCAAAUGCUGCCUGAGACAGGCUGGGAUCCCGCCAGAGAGAGACUGGCACCCCACAGGGGUAUUUCCACAUGCUCAUAUAGAUUCAUAGAUUUGGAAGGGACCCUGAGGAUCAUCAAGUCCAACUCCCUGCAGUGCAGGAAUAUGCAGCUGCCCCUUAUGGGGAUUGAACCUGCAACCUUGGCAUUACCAGCACCAUGCUCGAACCAGCUGAGCUAUCCAGCUGAUAUAAUGCCCAGUAUCAUUUCUCCCCAGAUCAGCCUUUGUGUGUUCAGGUAGUCUUUGUUUGUUCUGAGAACUACCAAGUCAGACCCUUGGGUCCAUCUAGCUCAGUACUGUCUACACUGACUGGCAGCUGCUCCUUGGCGUUUCAGGCGCAGGGGUGUCUCCAGAGAGGGUCUCCCAGCCCUGUCUGAAGAUGCCAGGGAUUGAAUCUGUGACCUUCUGCCUGCAAAGGAGGUGCUCAACAACCGAGCUAAGAUUCCAGUUCCAAACCAAGGGCUGCUUUAUAGAGGAUUGUAGAAAUCUGCCUUAUACUUCAACAGAACCUUAGUCCAUCUAACUCAGUACUGUCUGCACUGACUGGCAGCAGCUCUCCAAGGUUUUAGGCAGUGAGUCUUUUUCCCAGCUCUAUUUUGAGACGUCACUGAGGAUUGAACCUGGGACCUUCUGCAUGCAAAGCUGAUGCUCUGCUGCUCAGCUACAUGCCUUGAUCAAUGUAUAUUCCAACUCAAAUCCCACUUUUGUUUUCCUGAGACAGCAUCCUUGAUUUGCUGCUGGCUCUUAGGCCUGGCACUGUCCUGGUUGACUUAGCCUUGGCCAGGUGGAAGUGACGGCAGUGACCUGGCCUUACACAUUAAUCUCCUUUCCUGACCUUUGACCUCUUCAGUUUGUCUUUUUGUGGGACAGUUCCACCUUUGGUGACAUUUCCUGUUGACAUUCCUCCUGGCUGCUAAGAUAAGCUGUUCAGAUGCUGUGUUUGCAAGACCUGAGCUGCGUUGCAAACCACUUUGCCUGGAUCUAUUCUGCUCACGCUUGACAAGUGCUGCAGAACUUUCAAAAACAUACUGAGUUGUGGAAAGGGCCUGUUCUAAGGCCUUGGGAACUCCGCAAACAGACGGAAAUGAAUAACUGGCUCAGCUCUAUGGUUUUGCAAGCAGAACUGACGGCAUGGGCCUUCUCAGAACGGUGUCACCAUUACUGGUGUAUGAUGAUUACUGGUGUACUAGCUGCUAACUCGUUCUCAGAGCCAAAACUAAACCGCCCAAGCGAGGAAGUAUCAGCAGGCUUGCAUGAACCUCCAGUUUUGCAAAAGUAUGACAAAUAUUUAGAAAAUAAACCCCUAAGGGAGAGGGAACCUCCCCAAACAGCCCAUAAAGACGUAAGAAGAGCUUGCUGGAACAAGCCAAUGGCCCAUGUAGUCCAGUACCCUGUUCUCACAGGGGCCAAUCAGAUGCCCCAAUGGGAAACCCACAAGCAGGAGUCCAGCACAAGAGCACCCUCCCCUUCUAUGGUUUCCAGCAACUGGGAUUCAGAAGCAUUGCUGCAUCCAACUGUGAAGGCAGAGCACAGUCAUCGUGGCUAAUAGCCCUUGAUAACCUCAUGCCCGAUGGGACGCGGGUGGCGUUGUGGGUUAAACCACAGAGCCUAGGACUUGCCGAUCAGAAGCUCGGCAGUUCGAAUCUCUGCGACAGGGUGAGCUCCUGUUGCUCGGUCCCUGCUCCUGCCAACUUAGCAGUUCGAAAGCACGUCAAAGUGCAAGUAGAUAAAUAGGUAAACGGGAAGGUAAACGGCAUUUCCGUGCGCUGCUCUGGUUCGCCAGAAGCAGCUUAGUCAUGCUGGCCACAUGACCCGGAAGCUGUAUUCCGGCUCCCUCGGCCAAAAAAGCGAGAUGAGUGCCACAACCCCAGAGUCGGUCACGACUGGACCUAAUGAUCAGGGGUCCCUUUACCUUUACCUAACCUUAUGCCCUGCAAGCAUCCCGGAGAAAAUGGCCACUGUGAGAAGAGCAUGCUGGACUGGAUGAGCCACUGGCCUGACCCAGCAGGCUUUCCUUAUGCUCUUAGUUCCAUCGCCUGCAUGCCAUAAGCAUGGAGGGCAAUGCUGGGCAGAGAUCUCUGGAAGCCAACAAGCUGUGCAGAUCCUCGCUGGCCCUUGUCCAGCCUUUCAUGACAAAGAACUUUUCAUUCUCGGCCCCUGCCCUUCACAUUCCUUUGCCAGAGUACGUUCCUAGAUAGGUACGCCUUGAAUACCUGAGAAUUCGCCUCCUCGAAAGGAACACCCGCACAUUUGCUCUUGCAAAUAAAUCUCCCCAACACAGUGUUGCGCACUUAAUGCACCCCGCGUGAGCCACACACUGUUUUCGCCAGGCGUCUGAAUGCAUUACCUUUAUUUUAUCUUCAUCAUCUAUUCAACGUACAUCCCGCCCUUCCUCCCUAAGGUGCCGCGGGCAAGAAACUGAUCAACAACAACAUUGUUUGGAAACAUCAUGCAAACAGCUUUAAACAAAUGCAUUCACUCAGCUGGUAGUUUCUGUGUUGUCUGGGACAGUGUUUUUCUGCCAGCCAAGGCCUGGGCAAAACUUUUUUUUUUUUUGAAUAAUUCCUCCUGAAAGUCAAUAAUGAGGGAGGCAGAUGCACCUCACGAGGGAGGGCAUUCCACAACCAGGGAGCCACCACUGAAUAUGCCCUGUCAUGGGUCAACAUCAAGCAGGCAGCCCAAAGAGGGUGGGUGGGGAUACUGGGCAGCCUGCACCCCAAUGUUAUCUACUUGGUCUAUGUUGCUCCAUGAAAAUGUGAAGAAUUAGAGCAUGAGAGUGUUGGUCUAGGCCUGUGGAGACCCAGAUUCAAAACCUGCAAGCAGGACCUGAGCACAAGCACCAUCUCCCCUUGCAGCAGUUCCCAGCAGCUGAUGUCCAAAGCAUUACUGCCUCUAGCUGUGGAUCCAUGCUAGCCUUCUCCUAUGAGAAUACGGGGUGGAGGGUGUCUUUCCAGUACUCCGCUUGUGAGCUUAACAACGUGCUCAACCUUAUUAGGGCGGUCGCUUGAUUAAAGAGAUCUUAUCCAAUUCACCGCGUCGCUUUUGGGGCUGUGAUCCUAAAGAUGUUUACAAGGGAAGGAAGGGAUGGCAGCAGGUUGCCUUGAGUGGAGCCACCCUCCAUGUUCCCUGGCUUCUAUUUUCACGGACCUCUGAGAUGAUGGCUUGCUGGCUGCUGCUGCUGUUGUGCGGUGUGUCUGGUAACAUUCACUGCCCAGACCGGUUUGGUGCUUUCAGUGGCAGGGCGUGGCCCUGCUGCUUGUGGACCUCACGCCCUCCAAGGAGGACAAGACGAUGUCUGGAGCAGACUGCAUGGAAGUGGGAGGGCCAUUGACCUAGAUAGCUUGCUAUCAUAACACUGGCUGGCAGCAGCAAUGUCUCUCUGUGGCAGGGAGUCUAUUCCCCAGCUCUACCUGGAGGUGCCAGCAGGGAUUGGACCCAGGACCUCUUGCAUGCAGAGCAGAUGCUCUACCGGCCAGAACUACAGCCUUUCCUCUAUAAACAGCCCAAGGCUCCAGUCCUCAUUGUUCUGACUAAAGGUAUAACACAGUAAGCUGCCUUUUGCCAAGUGAAACCACUGGUCCAUCUGACUCAAUAUUAUCUAUACUGACUGGCAGCAGCUCUCCAAGGUCUUAGGGAGUCUUUUCCCAGUUUUGCUCGAAGAUGCCAGCAGGGAUUGGGCACUUUGCAUGCAAAGGAGACACUGUGUCCCACCCUGCUUGGUAAUCCAAUUGCUCCUGCUUUUCCUGAUUGAACCUGGGAGCUUUUGCAAGCAAAGCUGAUGCUUUGUCACAGAGCACCAGUCCUUCCCAAUCAGGAAUGUAGAAAGCAGCUGCCUUAGAAUGAGUCAGUCCGACUUUCCACCUAGUUCAGUAUUGCUCACACUGACUGGCAACAUGCAAAACAGAAGCUCAGUUACAGAGCUGCAGUCCUCCGCCUUUCCAUCAUUUCCUACGUGAUUCUUUUUGACCUGGAGAUCAAUUCUGGGACUUUCCUUACUGAAAGCAAAUCUUCUGUCCCUGAGCUACACACCUGGCACCUGUCAGAAGCUUUCCUGUGGAUUAGAGCCCACUUUUACCUAAGGCAGGGAACACAUUUCUCUAUUGUCAGGUGUGUAUCUCUCUCUAUGCACAAAUGGGUGAUAAGGAAACAAAAUGGCAAAGGUUGGCAUUAAAUGGCAAUGGCAUGCAACAGGUACAGUCCGUGGCAAGUCGAUCAGAGCCGAAACGUCAGCAAAAAGACCAUUUGAAGCAGCUGUAAUUAGUGACAACAGAAAUCAUUUCUAUGUGGUGGGAAAUAGAGCCAGAGCUAAAAUGCUUGCAAAAUGAACCCAGUGGACCUUCACAACCCAAGAGAAUCACAGCGCUGCUGAGUAAAUCAGCCCCUGGAGUGUUGUCUUGAUUCAAACCUGAAUGUAUCAAAUCAAACUAUUCAAGAAGUUAACCUAAGAACAUAAGAAGAUAACACUGGAUCAAGCCAAUCUAAUCCAGCAUCCUGUUCUUGCAGUGGCCAGCCAUAUGCCCCAACAGGAAAUUUGCAAGCAGGAUUUGAGCACAAGAGCUCUCUCUCUCAUCUUGUCGUUUCCAGGAACUCAUAUCCAGAAGCAUUACUGCCUCCGACCAUGUAAGCAGAGCAUAGCCAUCAUGGAUAUGAAUCACUGAUAGCCUUAUCUGCAUUGAAUUUGUCCAGUCCUCUUUUAUAGCCAUCCAAGUUUGUGGCCAUCACUGCCUCCUGUGGAAGUGAUUCCAUCGUUUAACUAUUUGCGGCGUGAAGGACUUUCUUUUCUCUGGCCUGAAUCUUCUAACAUUCAGCUUCAUGGCAUGUUCAUGAGUUCUAGCAUUAUGAAAGAGGGAGAAAAAACUUUUCUCUAUCCUGCAAUGCAGGAGGUUGGAUUAGAUGACAUUUUGGGUCCCUUUGAGUCAUUUUCCCCAUGCCAUGCAUAAUUUAUUAAGUGUCUAUCCUGCCAACUCUCACUCGCUGUCCCCCUGAACUACGGUGCCCCAAACACAGCAAAAUCUUCACACCUAUGGGAGUGGCUCCAUCUCUGGAUCAUUCCAGAUGCCCUUUUCUGAACUUCCCCCAGCUCUGCAACACCUUUUGUAUUCAACAGUGUCAGGGAACUGACAUCGGAGCCAGAGGCGGAGGCGAGGCUCUCAAGCAAUGCUGGAGAAGGGCCCAGCAGGGGGAAAGGCGGCUCACCAGCUGGGGAAGGAAAUCAGCGUAACACCAGGGAUAAAGGGGGGCAGAUGGGGGAAUUGGCGAGGGGGCUCCAGGACUCCUCACCGGAGAUCAGUGAGGAGAGCACGGGUCCUCUGCUACCCACGCCCUCCCUGCGCAGAAGACUUCCGUGCAGGGAAAGUAGGAGGAGACUUGGAAUCAAACAACUUUUAUGCUGGAAAAGGUUUAAGAAACGCCCACUGACGGAUUCUGCUAGCGACUGAACAGCCACGAAGUGUAGAACUGAUCACAAGAACUUGGAGUACUGGAGGACCGCAAGAGUACUCAACCAGAGACAGAUUCGAUGGGCACAGGAGUUCUCCAAGUUUUCCUUCGAAAUCCGAUACGUGCCAGGAGAGGAAAACGUAAGAGCAGAUGCUCUCUCCCGGAAGCCGGAGUACAUGGAAGGAGAGGGACCGCCGGAGAUACGACACGUGAUCCCCGAGGACCGAUGGGUGUGUGGAGGGGCCUUGGUUGGGAAACGAGAACUGGCCGGGCUUACUAGAAACAACGUGUUUGCUCAAACUAAAAUCCGGGAACUCCGAGAUGGAAGAGAAAACCAAGGGGGUUUUGAGGAAAAGGAAGGGGUGCUGUACUAUAAGGGGGCACUGUAUGUACCAGGGAAGACCCUGAGGGGAAAGGUACUCAAACAACUCCACGACAACCCCACAGCUGGGCACUUUGGACAGCACAAAACCAUGAUGCUCGUCACCAGGCAGUUCUGGUGGCCAAGGGUGAGGGAGGAUGUACGGGAAUAUGUACGGGGGUGCGACUGCUGCCAAAGGGCAAAGGGGGAAAGGGCUGCCCCCGCAGGGUUACUGGAACCCUUACCCACGCCGGGAAGACCCUGGGAGGUGGUGUCCAUUGAUUUUAUGACCGAUUUGCCCAAGUCCCGGGGGAAGACAGCAGUCAUGGUAGUAGUCGAUCUAUUGACAAAGAUGUGCCAUUUCAUAGCUUGUUCACAUGCGGUGACCGCAGAGGAGACAGCCAAGUUGUUUGUGGAUCACAUCUUCAGGUUGCAUGGGGCUCCCUCGAGAGUAAUUUCGGAUCGCGGGAAACAAUUUACUUCCCAGUUCUGGAGGAAGCUCAUGAGCUUGCUGCAGGUAGAGGUGAGCUUCUCGAUGGCGAGACAUCUGGAAACCAACGGGCAAGCAGAAAGAGCGAACAGUGUACUCCAGCAAUACCUACGCUGCUACGUCAGAGAGAGGCAGAACGAUUGGGUAGAGAAACUAGCGCUGGCUGAAUUUGCAUACAAUAACGCUGAACAUGUGUCCACGGGAAUGAGCCCGUUCAUGGCCAAUUAUGGGUGUCACCCCAGGGCCUUCCCGGGGAGUGGGGAGGAAGGGUGGAGCGUACCUGCGGCAGAGCAGUUUGUGGAAGAAAUGGAGGCCCUGCACCAGCAACUUAAGAUGAACUUAGAACGGGCCAAGGAAAUUUACAAGAGGCAGGCAGACAAGCACCGUAGGGAAAGGGAGACCAUACGGGUGGGGGACCGGGUGUGGUUGUCAACCCAGGGGUUACCCUUUAAGGGGGGGUGCAAGAAGUUGCAGCCUAGGCGGCUGGGGCCGUUUGAGGUAACACAGCAGGUGAACCCCGUGGCAUUCAAGCUCAAGUUGCCAGACAGCAUGAAGAUACACCCGGUGUUCCAUAGGUCCCUACUCUCACCGUACAGGGAGGGCGGGGAGUCCCGGGCGGGAAGGCGAAGUCACCACACACCCGCAGAUAGAGGAGAGGGAACACCACAACCGGGCCACGGAAAUACUCGAUUCAAGGUGGCGAGGGCGCCAGGUGGAGUACCUGGUAGCUUGGGAGGGAGAACCCGGGUCAGAAAACACAUGGGUUCCCGCGGAGGCAAUCAAUGACGGGUAUCUUGUGGAGGAAUUCCACAGCCUGUUCCCGGACAAACCCAAACCACUAGCGAGAUUCUGGGAGGAGCAAUUUGGAACCACAGACGAUGAAGAGGAUUUUGUGGGUUUUUCUGCCUCCGAAGAGGAGGGAGGAGAGGCUUUGGAGGAAGAAGAAUCAGACUGGGAGGCCCACCCCGCGGGGAGAGAUCGGAGCGGGUGGGAAGCGGGUUUUGAGUCCUCAGAGGAUGGCGACAGCUCCUUCCGGGGAUUCCCCGCAUCGUCGGCCGAGGAAAGGGACGAAGUUGGAUCAAAAGGUCGGGCCGGGGGUGAAGGGGGUCCUGGGGGGGAGGUGGAUGUCAGGGAACUGACAUCGGAGCCAGAGGCGGAGGCGAGGCUCUCAAGCGAUGCUGGAGAAGGGCCCAGCAGGGGGAGAGGCGGCUCACCAGCUGGGGAAGGAAAUCAGCGUAACACCAGGGAUAAAGGGGGGCAGAUGGGAGAAUUGGCGAGGGGGCUCCAGGACUCCUCGCCGGAGAUCAGUGAGGAGAGCACGGGUCCUCCGCUACCCACGCCCUCCCUGCGCAGAAGACUUCCGCGCAGGGAGAGUAGGAGGAGACUUGGAGUCAAACAACUUUUAUGCUGGAAAAGGUUUAAGAAACGCCCACUGACGGAUUCUGCUAGCGACUGAACAGCCACGAAGUGUAGGGCUGUCCAGACAGAAAAGGUUUAACAAGGCAAACAAGCCAGGAGUGGCACCAACUUGCGCACGAGUAACCCCACAUUUAUUACAAACAGCAUCCGGCCAGCCUCUUUCACCCGUCCCAUCUUAUCCCUGGCUGGUUUCCCCAAGCGAUACAGGAACAGGGAAACUCAGCCCUCUCGUCCCAGAUGUGCCGCAACGAUCCCAGCCUAUAUGAUGCAGAGGAAUCCCGGGGAACAGGUUUGAGCCUCUGGGUCCUCUCAGCCAGGAUGGAGCCAGGAAACUCCACCCACUGUUGCAGCCUAUAAUUUUCCCAAAUUUCCCCACCUGCCUCACACUCCCAAGUCUUUCCGCUCACCAUUCGGCUGCAGGUGCGCAGCAGGGGAGACCAAAGUUCCAGAAGCCAUGGCCUCCAUGGGAAUCCAAGUCCUGGGCAUCUCCCUUUCCAUCAUCGGCUGGCUGGGCUCGCUCGCCUGCUGCAUUCUCCCCAUGUGGAAAGUGGCCAUCUCCCAGGAUGACAACAUCCUGCUCUCCAAGCGCAUCUGGGAGGGCCUGUGGAUGAACUGCGUGAUGCAGAGCACUGGGCAGAUGCAGUGCACACAGUAUGAGGCCAUCCUGGGCCUGCCGCAGGACAUCCAGGCUGGCCGGGCCCUGGUGGUCAUUGCCAUUGUGCUGGCGGUGGUGGGCACCUGCUUCGCCAUCCUGGGCGGCAAGUGCACCAACUGCGUGGAGGAGGAAGUCCCCAAGGCCCGGGUCAUCAUCGCGGCUGGUGUCUUCUUCAUCCUCUCGGGAUUCCUGCUUCUCAUCCCCCUCUGCUGGACCACCCAUGCCAUCAUCCAGGACUUCUACAACCCCAUGCUUGCCUACAAUCAGAGGCGGGAUUUCGGGCCCUCCUUGUUCAUCGGCUGGGCCUCCAGCAGCCUCCUGAUCAUCGGAGGGGCCUUGCUGUGCUGCAACUGCCCUCCGAAAAGUGAGAAGCCGUAUUCAGCAAAGUACAUGGCGGCGCGGUCAGUGCCUGCCAGUAACUACGUCUAAGGACCAUCCCCUUCUCCUGAGGGACCUUUCCACCAUGAAGGCGACUGAGUAGGUUUUACUGCGGAUGGAGAGGGACCCUCCUUCACUGCCUGAGUCUCUCUCCCACCCCCCGCACUUUGUGUCUUGACUCUGGAAGCAGCCUUUGUUUGCUGUGCCCACGGGAACGCGGCCAGGUUGACCACCAAAGCAGGCCAGGAACUGGCUUCCGUCACACUGCCUUUGAGCUGCAGAAGCAGAGUGAGCUUCCAAACCACCCGGCGGAUGUUAGAUUUCUAAGCUGGACUGAAGCUUUUGAGGGAAGCUUCCUUGUGACUUUGAGACUCAAGAGCCACAAAGGGAUGGGACUAACAGCCCCAGGAUGGUGGGGGUUAAGGGUUUGUGUGUGUCUCUGUGUUCCAGGAGCAUUUCUGGGUUUGCCUAGGAUUGGAAGCUGCAUCUCGCUACCUGGCUUGGAACUGUGGAGUGGCAGGGGGAAGCCAGUGAGAGUUUGGGUGCUAAGACUCUGCAUUGUGGUGUUGUGGUGACAAGUUAGGAACUAGGAGAGACCAGGGUUCAAAUCCCCACUUGGGCACGAAGCUCACAGGGUGCAACCUUGGGGACCAGUCGCUGCCAGAAACGUUGUAUCUGGGGCUAGGGACCUCCAGAGACUCUUCAGGUCAAUUUCUGAACCUCUUUCCCUCUGGUUAGUGGCUCCAGCCCAUUAUUCAGUCAGUAUAUUUUUGGGGAAGUGGGUGUUUUGACCUAUGCUGGCCUUCUUAGUGUGGCACCUUUCCAUCAGUGCCCCCAGCCAGCAGGGCUGUGUGCUCCCAUCAGCUACAGUAACAUUCAACUAUCCUGUUUUCUGUGGCCCAAGCGAUGCUCUGAGGCUGAUCUCUCCUUUGACAGCCAGGCUUUUCAUAUUCUGCCUCUGCCUGAAUCAGGGAUGCCCGAGUAGGAAGAGGGGGAGAAAGGUGGGAGAGAGACAGAGAGAUAGAGAAUCUCAAGUUAGGCAUUCUGGUGUGUGUGCGCGUGUGUGUGUUUCAGUAUUUUAUUUUUGCAUUUUCAAAUUGCCUUUUAUUUGAUUGUAAAUUCCAUCCAGCAGCCUAGAAAUGCUUUGAAUAAAUAACAAAAAAGAAGCACACCUUUCUGUCCUCUCCAUUCCACAUAUUAUACUCCUUUCAUGCAAUUUCUUUACAUCAUUUCUGUGCUGAGGGGGAAAUGAUUCACUUUCUCAUUAACGGUUGCAAGAUCCUCUGUCAUCUUCUUGGGGCUGUGACGUUUAGCCUGUUAAGGGAGCCAGCUGUGGUGUAGUGGUUAGAGUGUCAGACUAGGACCUGGGAAAGACCAGGGUUCAAAUUCCCCACCACCCCUGAAACUCACUUUGGGCCAGUCACUCACUCUUAGCCUCAUCUACCUCGCAAGGUUGUUGCGAGGAUUAAAUGAGGAGGAAGAGAACCAUGUAAGUCACUCUGAGCUCCUUGGAGAAAAUAGGUGGGAUGUAAAUGUCACAAAUAAAUAUUAAAUAAAUUAUGGGGGCUCUUGUGCCCGUUUUUCAGGGAUUGUUUUCGAUCACUGACCCUUAUAUAUUUCUCUUUAGUUGUUUUUUGCUAGAUCAUUAACAACCUUGAAGGUCCCUGAGGUAGAGGGGGGGCAGAAUUGAAUAAACCCUGGCUUGUGUCUAAGGGCAGGGAGAAAUUUGGUUUGGUUUGCAUUUCAAGUUGAGCCUGAUUUGCUCUCCCGAAACAUUUUGCAAAUCAAAAAAGCCAUCCUUUGAAAUCCUGCAGCUCUCUGAAUUUUGCACAACCAAACAAUGUGUACAUGAGGGGAAAGGGCACGUUAAAAAAUGCCAACAUUCAUGUAAAUAAUAUUAAAAUGCAUUAUAUUGCAGGGGGUUGGACUAGAUUACCCUUGAGAUUCCUACCAACUCUACAAAUCUAUUAUUCCGCAAUCAUUUUGUAGCUACUUCCCCCACCUCCACGAUAUCCUUUCUGUUAGGUGGGGCAACAAGAACAUCAGGUAAAUAUUCCUAAUAGGACUGAACCACCUUUCCGGCUGCUUAGCGGGCGGGCGGGCAGGGAGGCGGGUGUGUCUUUUAGUAACCUGAUUGCUCUGCCACCUUUGUCUUGGCACAUUGGUAAUUCCAAGGAAGAGGAAGAAGACACCGUAUACCAGACUGGGGCGCGUGUGUGCCAGGGGUGGGGAUAGAACUGGUUUUGAGAGGUAAAGAGCUGAGAUAGGGCUCUUGAGCAAGAAGAGGGGAAGUUUUGAGUUUGCAAACUGCUCAGAGGAACAUCAGAAGCUGCCUUGUAUGGAAUCAGGUCAUGGGCUCAUCUAGCUCGGCACUGUCUAAAGUAAUCGGCAGGAUUUUAGACUGCAGCUUCCUGUGGAAAUGAGUUCCAUGGUUUAAUUAUUUCUGGUGUGAAGGAGGACUUUAUUUUCUUUGUCCUGAAUUUUCCAGCAUUCAGAUUAAUGACAUGUCCUUGAGUUCUAACAUUAUGAGAGAGAGAGAGAGAACACAUUCCAGUCAAGCCCCAUCAGCGGACCAGAUGAGAAAUUUCAGCAAAGCAAAUGCUUGAAAGGAAAUGUUUUCUCUCUGACUUUCUCCUCCCCUUCUCUCUCUCUUUUGAUGCGCUAAACAUUCACAGUAGAAAACCUGAUCAGUCAAUGGGGCAUGGUCUGCAGAUGCCGGUCUUAUACUGGUUGGGAUGUCUUGCUUCAGCAUUAUAGCGGGGGCCACAGAUAGAUCUGAAGUCCAUGUUUCUAUAAAAUAUAAGCCAUUUGGAGCUGUGUGGAGGGGAGGCCGGGCAAGUCUCUAGUUGGGAUGCAUCAAUAUUAGUCUGUUUCCAUUCUUCUCACAUAAACAGUUCCAUACUAUCUGCAGGGCCCUGCGGCCUUCUGAAGACUCCCAGCAGACAAAAUGGCGAGAGCCACAGUUUAGCACAUGGGUAGGCAAACUGAGGCCUGGGGGCCGGAUCCGGCCCAAUCGCCUUCUAAAUCCGGCCCGCGGGCGGUCCGGGAAUCAGCAUGUUUUUACAUGAGUAGAAUGUGUCCUUUUAUUUAAAAUGCAUCUCUGGGUUAUUUGUGGGGCAUAGGAAUCCGUUCAUUAUUUUUCCCCUCAACAUAUAGUCCAGCCCUCCACAAGGUCUGAGGGACAGUGGACUGGCCCCCUGCUGAAAAAGUUUGCUGACCCCUGGUCCAGCAACAUCAUUCUGGAGCAACGGCAGGUUAUUUCCUCACACCUACAGCUUCUUUCUUAGGUGGAGAUGUUUUUGAACACCAGAUGUUUUUGAACACUGUUCCCACGUGAGGGCUGAAGCAGGCAGGCCGUCCCUUGCCUCAGGCCACCUCAUGGCUUCACAUCGGCCGCCAUCUUGGGUGGGAGGGCAAACAGAGAGAGGGUGCGGAAGGAGGCACUCCUCCCUCAUGGCCAGCGCCACAGAAGGAGACUCUUGCUCAAGAGGUGGCAAUGCAACGCAGACUCCAUGGGAGCGCUUGGGCCUCCUCCUCUCUGAGCCGGAAGCCGAGACUGGUCUCCUAGGGCUGGCGGCAGCUGAGCUACAACCCCCUGAACUACACCCCCUCGCACCCGCUCCCUGCCAGGUGUGGCGGCCAGAAAAACAGGCUGUGGGCCUGCUCAAAGGCUGCUGCAUUUGGGGUGGAGGUGUUUGCUGAGAUCUCUUUGAUAACUCAGCAAAUGAUUGCUCCAUCUUCCCACCUGGCAAAUUUGAACCUGUAUACAAAAAUGGAGUGGGAUCUGAGAAGUAAAUAACUUAAUAUUCAUCUCUCGGUGGCAGCCUGGGGCUGUGUUCCCGAAUCCUGGAAAACCUUUAAUAAUUUGGAUUGCUGGUGCUCUAGGGUUUGGCAAAUUGCCCUUCUUGAAAAGGUAUCUCAUAAGCUAAAAGUAUCUAAGGGGCAGAGCUCAAAUGACCAUAUACAUAUGGUCUGUGUAUGUAUGUAUGUAUGCAGUGCUUUUUUUCUUAAAAAACGUUUAGGGGUACUCUCAUUUUGACUCAAGAAAACCGCCAUUUUAUAGUUCAAAUCGGGAAAAAUAAAUAGUUAAUGGACAAAAGUACAAAGAUUCACAGACUGUUUAGGGGUAUGCAUAACCCUGCGUACCCCUAGAAAAAAAGCUCUGUAGGUAGGUAGGUAGGUAGGUAUAUGUACGUGUAAACAGCCAGAGCUGUUUAGCUUCUUUGAAUAAAGGGUCAGCUUCACUGAAACCGGGUGUUUUGUGGCUGACAUACUCCUGACUCUGGCUCCUGACAAUAUACAGUGGAACCUCAGUUUUCAAGCAUCUCGAAAGUCAAACGUUUCGGCUUUUGAACGCCAAAAACCUAGAAGUAACUGCUUUGGUUUUCGAACGCUUUUCGGAAUCUGAACGUGCCACAUGGCUUCUGUAUAGAGUUUUCUGGACGGAAAUGCUUCCGGAAAUGCACACUUCAGCUUUCGAACAUUUUGGAAGUCGAACGGUCUUCCGGAACAGAUUACGUUCGAAAACCGAGGUUCCACUGUAUUCAGAAUCCCCUCAGUCCUGACCCUUGAAAGUUUGGGAAGCUUUAUCUGGCAUUCUCCCAACCCCAAGGCUCCUGCUUCCAACUAACCGCCCUCUGUGUGUUUCCCCAGCAGGGGGGAGCACGAUGGCGGUCCUGGCCUUGCAGAUGGGAGGCCUGGUGCUGUCGGUCCUGGGCUUCCUGGGCGCCAUCUUGGCCUGUGCCAUGCCCAUGUGGAAAGUGACGGCCUUCAUUGGCUCCAACAUCAUCGUGGCCCAGGUCUUCUGGGAAGGGCUGUGGAUGAACUGCGUCUACGAGAGCACCGGCCAGAUGCAGUGCAAGGUUUACGACUCGCUGCUGGACCUCCCCGCUGACCUUCAGGCAGCCCGCGCCCUGGUGGUGGUCUCCAUCGCCAUCUCCGCCCUGGCCCUGCUCGUGGCCAUCACCGGAGCUGAGUGCACCCGCUGCGUGGAGGACCCGGAGGCCAAGGGGAGAGUCUCAGCAGUGGCCGGUGGGGGGUUCAUCCUGGCCGGACUGACUCUGCUUGUCCCCAUCUCCUGGUCCGCCAGCGCCAUCGUCAGCAAUUUCUACAACCCCCUGGUGCCCGAGGCCUUGAAGCGAGAGCUGGGCAUCUCGCUGUAUGUGGGUUGGGCAGCCAGUGCCCUCCUGGUCUUCGGAGGCGCCAUGCUGUGCUGCCACUUCCCACAGAAGGGGAGCACCAAACCUUACCCAGUGAGAUACUGGGCCGGGGGGAGGCACUCCACCCCGGGCAGCUAUGCCCGGAAAGACUAUGUUUGACUGCUAUGUGGGGGCGCACCUCUCGCUUCAGGAGGGGAAAGGUUUCUCACUUCUAUAGGAUUUGUGCAGGGGGAGAACAAAGAAGCUGCAUGUUGCUUUUUGCAAGUCACUCCUUGCUGGAGUAUGAACUCAGGGGGCGUUUGGUACUAAAGGGACACCCAUCCCUGGCAUGACCCAUGAUCAGGGAAUGGUCGGAGUUGUAGUCAGUCCAGCAAGAUUUGGAAGGCCACCGGUUCUCCAGCCAUAUCAACCUUUGGCAGAUCGAAUCACAUACCCUCCCAAGUGUCCCCGUUUUCCAGGGUCGGUCCCAAAAUUACAGAAGCAGUCCCAGAUUCUGUUUUGAUCCCACAAUGUCACGCUUUCCCUUUUUCCUUCCCUCCACAUCUCGGAAAACAAUUAAAAGUGGCGUGUGUGUAGUAGCUGCAAAAAUUGAGUCCUGUUUAUACUGAAAAUAAAAUUCCUGCACCAAAUGAAAUGGUGAAGCUGGCGUAUGAAGCCUUGAAGGAAAAUGUCACCAAUCCACUUAAAAUUGCAAUGCUUCAGCAGCGAGCCAUUUUUAGGAAACGUGUUUAUUCCUUGAUUGUAAAUGGAGCCUUACGCUGUCUACUGUAGAGAAGUAAGUCCCACUGUAUUCAAUGGAGCUUACUCUCAGGUAACUGAGUAAAGACUGUGCAGCUUCACACUUAAAUCCUAAGCAUUUUUACUCAGAUCUAAGUCCCACUGAGUUCAAUGGGAUUUACUCUCUGGUAUGUUCCUGAUCAUUCUCAAACUUAUCAUCAUCAUCAUCAUCCUCAUCAUAUUAGUAUUAUAUCCUGCCUUUUUCCCUGACAGGAAGGCAGUUUACAGCUUAAUUCUAUUCAAAUUCCAUUUAUCUGUUGAAGGUGUUACACACAUUCCCUUCCCUCGCACCUUUUUUUCUUUACAACAGUCCUGUGAGGUAGGUUCAACCGAGAGGUUGUAAUUGGCUCAAGGUGACUGAUGUAGAUGUGAAUAUGAUGUAUAUGUUUGCAGCAAGAUCAACUGCAGAAGCUUCUUGAUGUGGAAGAGAAUGUCAGAGAAAUGUUGGAGGAUAUGGAAUUAUGGAAUCACCGAAAUAGAGUUGGAAGGGGCCUCAUCAAGUCCAACCCCCCCUGCUAUGCAGGAGCCACAGCUAAAGAAUCCCUGACAGGCCCCCAUCCAACCUCUGCUUAAAAACCUUCAACAAAGCAGAGCCUUUCUGAGGGAGUCAGUUCCGUGUUGCUGGAUGCCCAACUUCCAUCAACCCAAGCUAGCAUGAGGCUGUGUAACAUUUCCAAAAGCAUAAAUCUGCGCUCGCACGCCUUUGUUCAGCUUCUGCAAAACCCACCCACAUUCGUCCUGUAAAAAGAGAGGAGGGAGAGAGGUGUCCUCCUUAUGUAAACUUUGGUGUUUUAAAAUAAGCAGUGACUCCUCAAAAAAGAGCACAAGGAAGUUGGUGCAGGUUGUAAACCAGGUGCAAAAUGCAAAUAAAAAUACAACUU